AAAGUGUUGAUUCUUGAAGGUCUCACUGAGGAUGCCACCGAGCGCGACGUCCUCUACGGUCUCGACUUUGUAACCCGAGACCAUCAGUUCUCGAGCGAUCAAGUGAAGCUCGUUCGAUUACGGUACGAUCAAAACGGUCAGCGGAUUGCAGCUGUCGAAUUCCAACGUCGAUCGCAGGUUGAAGACUUUCUGGACCAGUUCUAUCCGGAAAUUUCUUUUCCACUUCAGCAUUCCCGCGGGAAGGACUCUGAGUUCUUCACCUUCGGCAUUCAGGACCCUAAUUACCGCGACGACAUACCUGAUCCUCGGGAGUCACGGCGCGGUGGCCGAGAAGGCCGAGAAGGCCGAGAAGAUGAUGGUUGGACGUGUGUAACUCCGUCUAUUUCGCCCUGUAAAUGGUCUGAGACUAAUCGACCGCAGUGCCAUGUUGUUAACUACCCGCACCGAGCUGUGUGUUUCAAGUGCAAAACUGAACGUCCAGAGGAUGAUGGAUAUGGAGGUGGCCCAUUAUUAACUGGCGAGACCGACGAGUGCCCCCAGCAGAUGCCGUCUCAAUAUGUCGUAAUUCGCAACCUCGACCGUUCUGUCACAGAGGAGGUUCUGGCCAAAGGGGUCAUGAAGUUAUUUCUGGAGAACCCAGAGCCACCAAAAGAGGCCCCGAGCACCAACAAACUCAAAUCAACGGCACCCACCAAGAGCACUGUCGGCAUGGGCGCGAAGCCUGGCUCGCUGCGUCGUGUUUUCGUGAUGCGAGAUCGCAGAAGCAACGAAAGUUGGAGAUAUGGCUUCGCCGAAUUUGCCACUGUCGAGGAUGCCGUGGCCGCCGUUCAGAAGUUCCAGGCAUCGACAAAGUUCACCAUCGCCUCAAAGCCAGUCGUCGUUGCCUUUAUUCACACAGGAGUUUUUGUUCCUUCGUUCGAUCCUGUUACACCUGAGAAUCAAGAUCUCUCAUUCAGCCCUAUCUACAAUCCUGCCGUUCGCAUCAAGUACUGGGAUGACCGCGCCUACCCUAGCGUACACGUUGUCACCACCGAGCCUAUCUCUGAGGUGUCACAGCCUGACAAGAGCAACAAUGCCAAUGAUGAUCCAACCAAAAAUGUCUCCAAGACGUUCAAGAAGUUUAAGAAGGACCUGGGAGUUGCUGUUGGUGCCAAACCCAUCAUGAUGCCUCAGAUGGAGUUGUGGGCCAAGAAGUCAGCCGAAUUGCAUGGUUCGAAAGCCAGGGCCACAGAUCCCUCAAAUACCGAUACCGAGUCCUCCAACUUUAACCUCACGACCAUCCGUGAGUCUGAGAGCACAGAGCCUGACGGUCCAUUUGCGCCUCACUGGGCUGAUCAGUACAUUUCUUAUGCCGACUGGGAGGCGAUGACAUGCGUGGCUUGCGGCUGGAAAGCACCGACGGAGCGAUCAACCCAAGAACGUAACGACCUACUUAUUCACCACGAAGGGACAGCCCAUCUAUUCUACCACGACCCCGAGAUCAAGGACAAAGCCGCGGCUGCUCUCAGUGCUCUUGGCAAGAAGCACCGCACCAUCAUCCGCCGUACCCCUCGUCUCAAAUCUGAACCCCUGCCCAAAUACAAAUCAUACGCAGACUUUGACCGCCUCCGUUGUCUACUCUGCAAGCGCCAAUUUCAAAAGAUGGAAGUAAUCUGGCUACACGAACAGCAAAGCGAACUCCACAAGCGGAACCUCGCCCACCCUAAAGCCCGCUCUCGCGCAGAGGAAGAGUUCAAGAAACUGGGCAAGAAACAAAGAAGCUGCAUCCCCGACCAAGCCUUCUACCGCGAGUGGGAAGCGCAACUUAAGCGUAGUGAGCCCAACUAUCGUGAUCGAGCCUUGGAACGUAGGCAAGCUUUCCGUCAGCCGAAGAAACCCACCAAUCAGCACAAGACAUCUGUGCCAGAAAAGAGGAAAGAACCUUCUUCGUUGUCCGCAGAGGCGGACACACCGGCCAAGAAGAGCAAAGGGGCGGGUAUGCUGGCCAAGAUGGGGUGGACGGCGGGUGCGGGACUUGGGGCCGAGGGGGCGGGGAGGACGGAUGCCAUUGCGACGGAGGUUUAUGCUCCUGGUGUUGGGUUGGGGGCGGAGGGGAGUAAGCUUGGGGAUGCUGGGGAGGAGGCGCAAAGGAGGACGAAGGGGGAUUUCAGUGACUUUGUGGAGAAGACGAGGGAUAGGGCUCGGGAGAGGUUUGAUCGGUUGGGGUAA